AUGACGUCGCUUAAAACGUUUCCGCUUGCAAACACCCAGCACCCACCCAACCUCUUCUUUCUACUCCGUACUCUGUACGCUGCACGCUAUUUGGUUUGCCUCUUGGAAGAAACCAACAAAUCCGUCAGAAGAAACAUCCCGCUUAUCAAGACAACUCGGAAAGCACCCGGACCCUCGGGUGCUGCAGGGGUCGUGGGUCGUCUGAAGAUUUACAAAGAAACGAUACGAAGCACUAACGUGGUCGGCGUCGCGUUCGGCGUUGUCUUAGUCCGGCUUGGUUCGUCCUUCCCUGCUGAGCUGAGAUUCUUGCAUCAUCGUAUCGAUUUCAUGCGGCCGGUUUACCAUCCGAACCGUGCACGAUUGGCUACGAGCGUCCCGCGGCGGUGUGACCCCCAGCCACCGUUUCAGCCUCUCAGCCUCUCAGCCUCUCAGCCUCUCAGCCUCUUAACCUUUCUGUUGGGUUUGAAAGGGCCUCAAGACAAGACUGCUUUGCCAAGAUGUUGUCUUUUGUCCAUUAUUUUCGGGCCCGCCCCCUGCUCUCCUGGUCUGGGCCUGAUCAUCGAAAUCUAUGGAACUACUGCGUCGUCCCCUUGUCGCUUGUCCUGUUGCUCCAUCCUGAACACGACCAUAUGA